UUUGAUGUCAUGUACCGUGUCGAUCUGCGCAGGACCGCAUGAAGUCGAACGCACCUCGGACUUCAACUCCCCGAACAAACAGUGUGUAUAGUAAUGUGUACUAAUACUAGUAAAAUGUUCCCUGAGCUGUAAUUAUUUAUGAAGACCGCCCGCCUAUAAGGUUUAACACAUUGUACAAUACAACGGUACGUAGUCCGAGGUCAACAUGAAGAGAUUUUUCAUGUGCAGUUGCUUUAUGACAGAUAACAUUUUUCUUGAAGAAUACAAAUUGCACGUUCGUUUUGUCUCAGAGAGCCAGUUCAAAAAGGACUAUCAAAACACUUUGAGAACUUCAGGAUGCGUGACUGAAUCUCAGUUCAGCGACGUGCUUGGAAAGAUUCAUGCAGAAAUCGCGAGACGACAGAAUCAUGAAUUGAAGUCAGCAGAGAGGACUGCUGCCAUCAAGGAGAUUUAUAAACCUCUACAUCAACAUGUUUAUAUCCUACAGGAGUCAUUCCUGGCCCCAGAGUUUUUACAGAUGGUGAAGUACUGUUCUUCAAGUGACGCUACAGUAGAUGGACUGAUUAAACUCAUCCAGAAAGAGGCAGCACCAAGAGUCUAUCGGUUUCCAGUAUUCAGAAGGGAAUUUUGCAAGGACCUUAUAAAUGAGCUGGAGCAUUUUGAACAAUCGGAUGCACCGAAGGGGAGACCAAACACCAUGAACAAUUAUGGGAUUCUCCUUAACGAACUGGGUUUUGAUGAGACCUUCAUCACACCUCUGAGAGAGCUCUAUCUACGGCCACUCACGGGUCUCCUCUUCUGUGACUGUGGAGGAAACUGUCUGGACAGUCACAAGGCUUUCGUGGUGAAGUACGCAAUGCAUGAAGACUUGGACCUUAGCUAUCACUACGACAAUGCUGAAGUCACUCUCAACGUUUCACUGGGGAAAGAGUUUACAGAGGGGAACCUGUUCUUUGGAGAUAUGAGACAGGUUCCUUUAAGUGAGACUGAGUGUGUGGAGGUGGAGCAUCACGUAACCGAGGGUCUGCUUCACAGGGGUCAGCACAUGCAUGGAGCUUUGCCCAUCUCCUCAGGUACACGAUGGAAUCUGAUUAUAUGGAUGCGAGCCUCAUAUGAGAGGAACAAACUCUGCCCCAUGUGUGGUAAGAAACCCACACUAGUUGAGAGCGAUGGAUACGGUGAUGGCUUCACCAUGGACUCUGAUGAAACUAGUAGUAACACUAGUAGUAAGAUGUCAUGUAAUGUAACAUAAGAUGAUGUAGUUCAUAUGGGUACUGUUCUUUGUAGCUAAUGAACUUGGAUUUGGUGUAUUGUGCCUUUAACAAAACCAAACGUUUAUGGAUAGCUUUAUGUUCUCAAGUGUAAAUAAAUCACCAGAUUUUAAUAUUUACUUGAUUGUAAAUGUAUCUUUUUAAUGUAUUUUAAUAAAGUAAUUUUAAUAAAUGUA